GUAUGUUGAGUCAGCUUGGUGUGUUAUAUUCAGGAUGGAUGUGUCUUUCCUUGGGCUGUUUGUGCUGCUGUCUGUUGCCGGCUGCUCGGCUGAACAGGGUGUGCGGCGUGCCAUGAAAGCAGCAGCAGGAUCCCAGUCAGUGACUCUUCAGCCCUGGCUGGUUGGUCUGUCGGCUGUGGUUGGCUUCCUCUUCAUUGUUUUCACCAUCCUGAUUGUUCGCAGACUACUCAAGAACAGGAAGGUGACAGACGGAUGGGAAUAUAACAAGACUUUAGAGCUUGAAGGAGGCAAUACUAAACAAACCAGUUUGUGAAAAAAUCAAAUCAGAGUCACCUGCUCCCCUGUGUCUAUCAGUGUUCCUCCCACUGAAGAAUAUCACUGUUAUGUUGUGAAAACAUUGUAAUGAAUUUGUCCAAUCAUGUUCAGUGAGAGCCAUUAGCAAUGUCUGGUGUUUUAAUUGCAUUAUAUGAAGUGGACUGUGUUGUGUUCAUUCCCUCAUCUGUCUUUUUUUGUGCUGAAAGUUUUUACUGAAAUACCGACAAACAAAAACAUACAGAAAUACACAUUUAAAAAAGCUUCUGUUCCUGUCAACUGUCAUAAAUGACAACCAUCUCAAGGCUUACACCCAAACCGCAGACCAUAAUCAUUUCAAUCCAUUGUCUAAACCGCAACCUUCUGAGUGAGUGAGCCAGUGCUUUUGGAAAAAUGUAACCUAUUGACCUCUGCAUUGUAUCAAACCCAACAGUGUAUCCAUGCAUAUAAACUCAUGCUGUUCAUUUCAAAUUUUAGUAGAUCUAAAAGUUUCUAAACAUUCCCUCUAAGUCAGACUGAAUCUUGAGUAAAUGUAUCAAACGUUGCUAAGGACAUUUAGAAUAUCAGCAUUUUUCAGUAAUGAUGCACACAUGACAUACAUUGACUCUCGUGUUUGAGUCUUUCACUUAGUGAAAGCUGCUGGUCCUGAUUCUGUACUGCACAUCACAUGAAUGAGCUGCUCUAGUUUUCUGUCACCACCAGAGGUGCCCAUAACACAGAUAAACAACAGAGUCUUAUCUGCUACCUUUAUAUCACAGCGCUACAAAGAGCUGUUCAGAAAAGUGACUUAUUUAAGGUACAUAUUAAUAAGUGUUAUUUUAAUUGUUAUUGGUUUUGUUGACAUUAGUGUAUUAGUUCAAUCUUGCUCCUGAUGUGUCCCUCUUUCCAUGAUAUUAAAC